GAGAGACGCGGAGAGGAAAGGAGGAAGGUCGAUUCUUUUUUUUUCAUUUUAUUUUUGGGGAGUUCUGCUCAUGGAUAUGUUAUCUCAAACUUUUUGAGGAUCGCGUUACUCAUAAAUAAUAAUUCUGUUCAUCUUUCUUCUGAUUUUGUCUUUUUUUUUCUUUCUUCUUCUUCUUCUUCUUUUUUCUCUGCGCGCACCGGAUGAGAAUCGAGCUUCUUCUUUUUUGGGGGGUUUAUUUUCUUUCGGAGGGAUGUUCUUUAUCACGGCACGGAUAGCGGAUCCCUGAGUCACUCUGGCUUUCUUGGCACAUAUGAAGAUCCUAUCCAGGAUGGUACAGUCUAAGCGGCCCAGGCAUCAUUGGGCCACAGUCCACUACCACCACCACAUAUCACCACAUAGCUGGGGGUCCUGCUGUGUCUAGGAACUCACCGAACCCCGCACACUCUGCCUCCGUCUGGGGGGGGGGAAGAACAAACGGAAUCUUUUAUUCCACAAGUGACUCGGUGAACAUUGACAUUGGCUUUACGAGUCUCAUCUCUGGGCUACUAUGCAAUUACAACUGAUCUCCUUUGUUUUGAUCAUCUUGCACUGCAUGGAUUACACUGGUUGUCAGCAGCACAGCAGCUCCAGGCACCGGCAACAUAAACAGAUCUCUGGUGUGAGCUCAGGGUGCCAGCAGGGUGGCUGUCUGACCUGCUCGGACUACAAUGGCUGCCUGUCCUGCAAGCCGCGCUUCUUCAUGCACUUGGAGAGGAUUGGGAUGAAGCAGAUCGGGGUGUGCAUGACUUCCUGUCCUUCGGGCUUUUAUGGCACGCGCUCCCCAGAAAGAAACACCUGCACGAAGUGCAGGUCGGAGUGCGACUCCUGCUUCAACAAGAACUUCUGCACACGCUGCCGAGCAGGAUUCUACCUCCACCUCGGCAAGUGCCAGGAGAACUGCCCCGAGGGGCUGGUCCGCAGCGACACCCAGAGGGAGUGUGUUCCCAGGUGCCCUGCCGAGUGCGAGGCGUGUGUGAACAGUGAGACGUGUGCGCGGUGCCGGCCGGGCCUGUACCAGCUCAGCGGGAGGUGCCACCAUGUCUGUCCAGAGGACUACGAGCCCAGCGACAAACUCAUGGAGUGCACGCCGCAAGUGCACUGCGAGGUGGGCGAGUGGAGCGAGUGGAGCCCCUGCUCUCGGUCCGGUAGAACCUGCGGGUUCAAGCGGGGCCAGGAGACCCGCACGCGGCAGGUCCUCCAGUACCCAUCGCCCUUUGGCAACCCCUGCCCCGAGAUCUCCGAGAUCAAAGAGUGCCUGGUCAAGAGGAGGAAAUGUCCAGGAGGACGGAAGAAGAACGAACGGAGGGAACGGAGGAACCGCAACAACCGGAAAGAUAAGGAGAACCAAGAGGGGCGACGGGAAAGGAAGAGAGAAAGGGACCAAGAGAGGGCGAGAGACACGGGCGAACGCGACGACUCCGGCAACCGGAACAAAACCGAGCACAGGCGCCGCCGAGGCCACGAGGCAGACCCGGUCUCCCCCGAAGACGGCCUCGCGCAGUAGUGCUCCUGGACCGACAAAGUCUAGCGCCUCCCACAACCUGUUAUCCUCCCAUUGUUCCUUCUCCAAAAACCUCCCCAUCCUCACCCACUGUUCACCCCACCUCCCCCCCUCGGCCCCUCUCUGCAGGGGUGUUGCUGCUACCUGUAUGAUUUGAAUAUAAUGUUUAUGCACAAGCGGGAUAGGGCACAUUCAGCCACAAGGCUUGGGCCACUAUGGACUUUGGUUUUUUUUCUACCCUGUAGCCCCCCUACUCCUUCUACCACUGAGAGAGUGGCUCUAUUGAAAAGUGUAGGAGACACUGCUGAGACUGCUGUUGGGACUGAAGAACAAAGUGAGACACGAGGACUGGCGUACAGACGGACUCGAGCGACAGACGUUAUAUUAUGUGCUUGUUGAUAUGGUUAUUUAAUGGGGGCCCUGGUUACGACAUUGCGCGUCUUGGUUUUUGAAUGUAGAUUUCGCAAAACAUUACGUAGAACAAUUGUUUAUCAUCGUCGUUCCUGUUCUUUUUAGAUCGCUUAUACUUUAUUUUAUUUGGUGCAGAUUUUGUAAAGGAAAAAAAAUGUAUAAAUAAAAAAUAAUAAAAAAAGUUUGCUAUUGCUCAU